CGGUCACCGACCAACUUCGUCACUUCAGUUCACUGAUUCAGGCCAAAGUUCAAACGUUUAUCAACUGCCUCCAACGCCGGUGCACGCAGAGGUCCUGGUGGUAAUGCCAGGGACAAGUGCACUGCCGUGAUCACAAUCAUCAUUAAUGCCAGUGCAAGUAUUUUUAAUGCUUGUUGCCAGGAUCAGUCAUCCUUCCGGAAUCCGGGUGUGGUCAAUUAAUCACCUGCUCCUGCUUCUACGUUCACGAUCGACGGUGACUGAGCCCGCGUGCUUCAGUGAUGAUGGGGCUUCAUCGAAUAUGGGCCCGGGAUCCUUCCAUUUCAAGAUCGGACAACUGGCAUUUGAUCAAAUGGCUUUGUUCAGGAUUGAUACAGCGAUGCAAUACUUGUUCACACGACCCCUUUACUCCACAGAUAAGCCUGUAGUUGCCUGUUGAGUGCGUCACUUAUCACUGCAAUUCGAAAUCAAGAAGGAACGACCGUAUUCCUUCUUUAUGGUCUGGCUAAGGGGGAAACCCCAGCCAGUAAGGUUAAAUUUGGUGCGCAUGCA